GGGCAGGCCCAUACCAACCACAAGAAGGUAGCAGCAGAUGGAGAGAGCAGAGAGGAGACCUUGAUUCAGGAAUCGGCUACCAAGGAAGAGUACUACAUGAAGAAGGUUAUGGAGUUGCAGACAGAACUGAAGCAGCUCCGAAAUGUCCUUACCAACACCCAGUCUGAAAAUGAACGCCUUAAUUCUGUUGCACAGGAACUGAAAGAGGUCAAUCAGAAUGUGGAGAUCCAAAGGGCCCGUCUGCGAGAUGAUAUCAAGGAAUAUAAAUUCCGAGAAGCGCGUUUGCUGCAAGACUACACUGAGCUUGAAGAGGAAAACAUCUGUCUCCAGAAACAAGUGUCUGUCCUGAAGCAAAAUCAGGUGGAGUUCGAAGGCCUGAAACAUGAAAUCAAAAGGCUUGAAGAGGAAACAGAAUUUCUCAACAGCCAGCUAGAAGAUGCCAUACGGCUGAAGGAGAUCUCUGAACGCCAGCUUGAGGAGGCCUUAGAGACGCUGAAGACAGAGCGGGAGCAGAAGAACAAUCUUCGUAAGGAGCUCUCUCAGUACAUGAACAUCAAUGACUCCAUGUACAACAGCCACCUGAACAUCUCUUUGGACGGACUGAAGUUCAGCGAUGAAGCCACGGAGCCCAAUAAUGAUGAAAUCAUGAAUGGAUUUGAACAAAACUGCCUCAGCAAACUCAGCAAUGGCAAGAAUAGUACAUCAACACCCAAGAAAAAUGAAAGCUUCCCUCCAGCCCCAAGUCUGGUUUCAGAUCUUCUGAGUGAAUUAAACAUUUCUGAAAUCCAGAAGCUGAAACAACAGCUUGUACAGAUGGAAAGAGAAAAGGUGAACCUGUUAACGACACUGCAGGAAUCUCAGAAGCAGCUGGAAAAUACACGGGGGGCCCUCUCGGAGCAGCAUGAAAAAGUUGGCAGACUCACAGAAAACCUGAAUGCAAUGAAGAAGCUACAGAUCAGCAAGGAACGUCAGUCUGCGCUUGACAAUGAGAAGGACCGAGACAGCCAUGAAGAUGGAGACUAUUACGAAGUUGACAUCAAUGGGCCAGAGAUCCUGGAGUGCAAGUACAAAGUGGCAGUGGCAGAGAUUACUGACCUAAAAGAAGAGCUUAAAAAUCUGAAGGCCAAAUACAAAGAAUGUGAGUCUAAGUAUGAGGAAGAGAAGAGCAGAUAUGAGACUGAGAGCCAAGCUCUUACUGAAAAGAUCACCUCACUAGAAAAAUCCAGUAGGCACGAUAGAGAACAGGUGGCCAGAUUGGAGAAGGAGCUGAAGAAAGUCAGUGAUGUUGCUGGAGAAACACAGGGCAGCCUCAGCGUGGCCCAGGAUGAACUUGUCACCUUCAGUGAAGAACUGGCCAAUUUAUACCACCAUGUUUGCAUGUGCAACAACGAAACUCCAAACCGAGUGAUGCUGGAUUACUACAAGGAAGGUAAAGGAGGACGCAGUAGUCCAGAGGCCAAGGGAAGAAGGUCUCCCAUCCUUCUUUCUAAAGGGCUGUUAACUAUAGAGCUAGGAAAGGCAGAGAAUGGAAGCAGUGACAGCAGCCCAUCUCCAGUGUCAUCUUUGCCAUCUCCUGUGUCAGAUCCUCGGAAGGAACCAAUGAACAUUUACAACUUGAUCGCUAUAAUCCGUGAUCAGAUCAAACACCUGCAAGCUGCUGUGGACAGAACAACUGAGUUGUCCAGGCAGCGUGUUGCCACUCAAGAACUUGGGCCAGUGGUGGAUAAAGACAAGGAAGCUCUCAUGGAAGAAAUCCUGAAGUUGAAGUCCCUGCUGAGCACCAAGAGGGAACAGAUAGCAACUCUGAGAACUGUGCUGAAGGCCAACAAACAGACUGCAGAGGUAGCCCUUGCCAACUUAAAAAGCAAGUAUGAAAAUGAGAAAGCUAUGGUUACGGAGACAAUGAUGAAGCUGCGAAAUGAGCUGAAGGCUUUGAAAGAGGACGCUGCUACCUUCUCUUCCCUGAGAGCAAUGUUUGCCACAAGAUGUGACGAAUAUGUCACGCAGUUGGAUGAAAUGCAGCGGCAGCUUGCAGCAGCUGAGGAUGAGAAGAAGACCCUGAACUCUUUGCUUCGGAUGGCUAUCCAGCAGAAACUGGCACUGACCCAGCGCCUGGAACAUUUGGAGCUAGACCACGAGCAGUCCAAAAGGGUGCGCACAAAAUCUGCUUCCAAAGCCAAGAGCAGUAACCCUAGUGUAAGUCACAUUCGGUCCUGUGGAGACAGGUCUGAAGGGGCUGUCCUGAACAACCAGGUUUUUUGUAGUGAGAAAUAUAAAAUCUAUUGUGACUAGGACAGGUGUGUAGAAAAAGCAUAUUAUGCAUCUUAUUUUAUGCUGUAACUGUCAGCGUAAAUCCCCACUAUCUAACGUCGCAGUGAGUUGACUUGUACUACUAUGUUGUUGAACCAGGUAAUACAAAUUGUAUUAUGGUGGUCUUAACUGUAAUUAAUUCAUAAGUCUGGGGAUGCUAUUAACAAGUUAAUAGUGGAAAGGAAUUAGCUUUUUCCACAAUUAACAUGUAUGGGUUUUGCUGUUUAUGGUAAGUGUUAAAGGAGUACACCUGAUAUAGUAUGUCUGGUG